AUGGCUAAGCGACAGGACUUCAUGCCUGAAGGAAGCCCUCUUAUCACAGCAGCGGAGCUUGGCAAGCUGCGUCUGGUACGGUUACUGGUGGAAGGGGGUGCCCAGAUCAAUGAGCGCAACCAGCGAGGAGAGACCCCACUGCUGGCUGCAUGCAGAGCACUGAGGGCUGACCAAUCCGGAAACACCAACUCUCUAAGACUGAUACGCUUUCUUCUGCAGCAUCAUGCUGAUCCCAAUGCCCAGGACAAGGCCGGGCACACUCCACUUAUGUACGUCUGCAUGGAGCGUGCUGGAGCUGAGGUUGCUGCAGCACUAAUUUCCGCUGGUGCUGACCCCACCAUUGAGGACUACACUGGAGCUUCAGCUCUGGUCUAUGCCAUCAACGCUCGUGAUCAGGAUACUAUCCAGGUGUUGCUGGAUGCUUGCAAAGCCAGAGGGCGCGAUAUCAUCAUCAUUGCUACAGACCUGAGCACGGGUGGUGCCACAGUAAGCCGCCGCUAUUUAAAUGUCUCACCAUCACCUGACACCUCACCAGUUAUGUGUAUGUCGCCUUCUGACAUCGAGCUCAAAACAAACUCCCCAAACUCUGAGUCUGAUACAGAGGGCAUCUUUAAUUUCAGAGGUUCAGUAAAGAGGAGUAGCAGGGCAUCCUCACCUCUGCCUCAGGAGCUGGAGGCAUCAGAACAGCAGCGACUAAAUUCUGAACCCUGGCUAGCCAUUCACAACCCGGCACAACUCAGCCGCACCUGUAAGGAAAAGGAAAACCAGGGAGCUGUGCAAAAAGAAGAGGAUGGACAGGUUGACCACUGGGGCCGUGACCUUGCUCAGCAGGCAGGUCAUUGUAGCUUCUUCAAAAAAGCAAGCUUAAAACCACACUGUUGCCAGACAAUGUACAGAAACCAUGUGGAAAAACCUUCUGCUUCUUCACAAUCGGAGCGUCUUCACAAUCGGCGAAACACUCUACCUUCUCUCACUGAGCAAAAUUUACUUCAGCUACCAGCUAUCUCAUUCAACCUUUCUAUCUCAGACACUCACCUAGAAGAUCAGGCCAGGACUAUAGCAUUACCUCCAGUCCCUAUGAGCAGAAACCUCGUCCAUUUAUCUAGCAGCACAAGCUCUCUUUCUCUGGCGCCUCCUGCUGCCCAUGCUGGGUGUAACACAAUGAGGAAGUGGAAGCCUCAAGAGCAGUUGAGUUUAAAGCACCAAACACAUAGCACUGGCUUUUUACCUCCCUUACCAGGCUACUCUACUGGUAAUGUAACCUCAAAGCCUUGCCGUGGAGAAGAAAGCCCUGGGCUAGGAGCUAAUGAGACUCAGACCCACAGACAGGAAGGUGCAAGGUGUCGUAGACCUCAACGUCGCCACUCAAUUCAGCUAGAGCAGAUGAGACAGGAGGGCAGUACUGAUGAGAUCCUUUUUAUCUCAUGAAAUGCAGGGAUCUGGUCACAUGAGACUUAAAGAAUAAUUCUGGGGAAAGAACAUUUGUUCUAUGGAAAAGGCAAACAGACAGUAGACAUUUUGGUUUGUUGGCCAUUAUGGGAUACAGAUACUGUAAAUA